AUGAGUUGUGUCCCUGCUUCAACUGCUGCACCUACAACAACUUCCAGCUCCAGCACUACUACUGCUCAGACAUCAUCUCUUGUUGUGGCUCCCAGUAGUGGGACAAGUUCAAGUGUUACUGCCUUAACUGCUGCACCAAAAUUACCAUCUGAGGUUACAGGGAAGACUGUUGAGGAGAUCAUCAAGGAGUGGAAUGCUGAGCUGCAAGAGCGUACUGGGAAAUUCCGGAAGCAAGCUACUGCAAUAGCUGAGUGGGAUAAAAGGAUCUUGCAAAAUCGUGACGUUCUUCUUAGGCUUGAGAUUGAAGUGGCAAAAGUGGUUGAGACCCAAGCUAAUUUGGAGCGACAGUUGGAGUUAAUUGAGACUCAUCAACAGGAGGUUGACAAGGCUUUGCAAAGCAUGGAACAAGAAGCUGAGCGUAUUUACAAGGAUGAGCGUGAAUUGCUUCUGGAUGACGAAGCUGCGUCGACUAGAGAUGCUAUGUAUGAGCAGGCUGAAUUUACAGAGAGGGAAUUGGAACAGAUGACAGAACAGAUAAAAUCAGUAAUUCAGACCCUCAAUGCCAACCAGGGUGGUGAACUUGAUGCAAUAGAUGGUAUGACUCCAUUGGACAUGGUUGUCAAAAUUCUCAACAAUCAACUAAGUUCUUUAAUGUGGAUUGAUGAGAAGGCUGAAGAGUUUUCUUCACGUAUUCAAAAGCUUGCUAACCAAGGUUCUGCUGCUGAUCGACAAUUGUUGGGUUUAAAAUUUUGA